AUGUUCGCAGCACCGCCUGUGUACUUUGUCGCCACAGCCCGGCCACAAGUGCCUUCGGCCAAGUCGCCAAGGGAUCACCUGUCGCGCUGGCAACCGCCGCAACGGAGGGUGGAAACAGAGUACAGACGCAGGUGGGUGGCAGACGGGGUGGAGGGAAGAAUGUGGGCAAUUAUUGUGCAAGAAAAGGAGACAAAUUCGGUAAAGUUAAAAGAACGACCGAAUGACGUGGAGAGAGGGAAAAGAGAAAGAAAAAUGUCGUUGCUAAUGCCUUGA